AUGUCCUUUACAUUUCUGCACAUGCAAGCAAAUGAUCCUGAGCUUCCUCGGCAGCGCUGCACCAGGUUGCUCAAGCUUUCAGCUGCAAAAGAUGCACGAAUGGUCGCAGUCUAA